AUGGAUCGUAGUUACUGGAUGUAUGGAAUUAAACGUUCAUGCGAUGAAUAUUUGGCAUGUUUGAGUGGUUUUCUUAAAGUUGCAGAGGAGAAUCGGGUGACUAAAGGAGAAAACUACAUACGGUGUCUUUGUGUAGAUUGUCAAAAUUGUUGUAUGUACACUGAUUCUGCCAAAAUAGAAGAGCAUUUGAUAAUUCGUGGGUUUAUGAGAGAUUAUACGUGUUGGUCACGACAUGGUGAGAUAUUGGUUUAUCAUAAUGUAGCCCCUUCAGAGUAUAAUGAUGAUAUUGAUGAUACAAACGAUAACAACUAUGAUAACUUAUCUGGAAUGUUACAUGAUUGUGAAGACAAUGUUGCUGAAGAUGAUUAUGAAAAAUUUCAACAAUUAUUUGAUGAAUCAGAAAAACCGUUAUACACUGGGUGUAUAAAUUUUACCAAACUAUCCGUUGUGUUGAAAUUGAUUAACUUAAAAGCAAACAAUGGUUGGAGUGAUACAAGCUUCACAAGUCUUCUAAAGAUGUUGCAUGAGAUGCUUCCGGAUGAUAACGAGCUACCUGUGUCCACAUACCAAGCAAAAAAAUUGAUGUGUCCAAUGGGAAUGGAAAUUGAAAGAAUACAUGCUUGCCCAAAUGAUUGUAUGUUGUAUCGAAACGAAUAUGCAGAUCUACAUAGUUGUAUUACAUGUGUUACAUCACGAUACAAAAGGAAAAAUCCUACAGAAGAAAACAAUAAUAUGAGAGCGAGUGGAUCGCCUGCUAAAGUCUUAUGGUAUUUGCCUAUCAUUCCAAGAUUAAAACGGUUAUUUGCAAACGCUAAAGAUGCAAAGUUAAUGCGAUGGCAUGCUGAGCGUACAAUAGACAACAAAAUAAGGCAUGUUGCAGAUUCUCCUCAAUGGAGAAAUAUCAAUUCUAAUUUUGAAGAGUUUGGUCAGGAUAUUAGAAAUAUUAGGUUUGGACUUAGUUCUAACGGCAUUAAUCCAUUUGGAAGCUUAAGCAGUCGCUAUAGUACAUGGUCAGUUCUUCUUUGCAUCUACAAUCUUCCGCCUUGGUUAUGCAUGAAAAGAAGAUACAUCAUGAUGUCAUUACUAAUUCAAGGUCCAAAACAACCGGGAAAUGAUAUUGAUGUUUAUUUAGCUCCAUUAAUUGAGGACAUGAAAAAAUUGUGGAGUCCAGGUGUCGAAGUGUAUGAUGCAUAUAGUGGGGAAAAUUUCCAACUUCGGGCCAUGAUUUAUUGCACGAUAAAUGAUUUUCCAGCAUAUGGGAAUUUGUCUGGAUAUAGCACAAAAGGAGCAAAUGCAUGUCCAAUUUGUGAAGAUGAUGCACAGUCGUUAUGGUUGACAAAUUGCAAGAAAAAUGUAUAUAUGGAUCAUCGAAGAUAUCUUCCAAAAAAUCACCCAUAUCGCAAGAAAAAAAAGGUGUUCAAUGGUAAAACCGAGGAGAGGACAACAAGGAAACCAUUACGAGGAGAAACUGUAUUUUCUCGUGUUCAAAAUCUAAACGUUACAUUCGGAAAAUUCAAAGGUAAUGGCAAAGGAAAACGUAAACGUAAACGUACUGGUACAACUCCUCCCAAAAUUAUUUGGAAGAAAAGAUCUAUAUUUUGGGAGUUACCAUACUGGAAACACUUGCAGGUUCGCCAUUGUCUUGACAUUAUGCAUAUUGAAAAAAAUGUUUGUGAAAGCUUGAUAGCCUUAUUGUUGAACAUCAAGGGAAAGUCAAAAGACGAGAUUAAUGUUCGAGAAGACAUGAUUGAAAUGGGAAUUCGCCCCGAGCUUGCUCCUAUUAGGAAUCCUGGAAAGCAUACGUAUCUGCCAGUAGCUUGUUAUACCAUGUCAAAGGAUGAGAAAACAAAAUUUUGUAAAUGCUUACAUGGUGUAAAGGUUCCAUCGGGCUAUUCGGCUAACAUUAAGAAGUUAGUGUCAAUGAAAGAACUAAAACUAUUUGGUAUGAAGUCCCAUGAUUGCCAUGUUUUAAUGGCACAUAUGAUUCCCAUUGCAAUUCUUGGAAUACUACCAGACCGCAUCCGACACACAAUCACAAAGCUAUGCUUGUUUUUCAACAUGAUUCAUUCUAAAGUUAUUGAUCCCGAGGUGUUAGAUUCAUGGGAAAGUGAUAUUAUCUUGACGUUAUGCCAACUCGAGAUGUAUUUCCCACCUUCAUUUUUUGAUGUCAUGGUUCAUCUGACAUCUCAUAUCGUUAGAGAGAUAAAGUAUUGUGGGCCAGUAUUCUUACGAUACAUGUAUCCAUUUGAGAGAUAUAUGGGCGUCUUAAAAGGGUAUGUAAGGAAUAAACAUCGACCAGAGGGUAGUAUUGUUGAAUGA